AUGACAAUAAUCACAAAGGGCUCGAUCCGAAGAGAGGAGUGCGAUGGAAAAGUGGCCGGGAUCAGUACGACACCAUACACGGGACGUUCCGUGAAAGAAGCGAACGACUAUGUUCGCUGGUAUAUUCUCUUCACCCUCCUCAUCUUCAUCUCAUUUUCCUCGAUAUUUUGGAUACCGGCAAUUCCGGUUAUUCGGAACUACUCUAUGGAGAUUUUCCUGUUCUUCUGCGCCCUCCUUCACCUCGCCUGGUUCUCGGCAGUGAUCAACUCCUGUCGAUAUACCUGGAGAAUGCGGCGAUUCAGAUCUCAUAAAAUUGAUUUGAAACCGACGACCGAAUCGAAAGAAUGGACGAUAAAGCACUUUGUCGGGAUUUGUAUUUACAAAGAACCGCUGCAAUUGCUGAUCGACACCAUCGAGAGUGUGGCUUCCCAAAAUGACGCUGGGGGCAAGAUUUCGAUGUUUAUCGGGAUGGAGGAGGGGACACCGGAUAGGGAACAGCGUUUCCUCGUCGUCUCCCACCCCAAAAACCUUCCCGGCGACAUCCCCGGCAAAUGCUCCAAUCUGAAUUUUGCCGCCCGAACUGCUUGCGCCUAUUUCUGCCAGGCCAUGCGCGAAAACACGAAUAAAGUGACGAUGGCGAGGACUCAAAUUCUGGUGACCACCGGGGACUGUGAUUCGGUAUUUGGCCAACGGUACUUUGACGCGUUGGAGGAGGACUUUUGGAAGACGAAACAAGAGGACCGCAGUCGUACAGUCUGGCAAAGUCCCCUCUUCUACGCGAUGCGCCUCGAGAAAUCGCCAUUUUUCGUCAGAGUCACUGGCCUGAUGCGCUCAUUUUUCAUGAUGGGCUUCCUGAUCCCGUGGAACAUCAACACAAUGUCAAUCUUCUCAUUGACACUCGAAUUAUAUCGUGACGGAGAAUUCACCCAUCCCGGAUAUCAAAUGGAAGAUAUUAUUGCGUUGAUCAGAUGGUCAUUGGCUGUCAGGAAGAGGUGUAUCAUCAGGGCUAUCCCCGUUGCCACGCUGUCUGGACCCACUUCCGGCGACAACUACUACCACGAGUGGUUCGAGUGGGCCCGCCAGAUCCGUAGAUGGACGAUCGGAGCCGCCGAGGUGUUCCACUAUUUUGCCAUCAAAAGCCGACGACUCCCUGUCCACGUCGCUCUCAUCUUCUCAGCCGUGUUCAUCUUCUACUAUGGGUUCAUGCUGUGCAUUUCACCGCUUUAUUCCAUUCUCGGAGCCACUAUUACGCCAAAAAUGAUGCACGUCUUCGGGGCGGAGAGCCCGCUUUUCGAGGGCAACAACAUUUUCACGUGGAUCAACCUGGGCCUGCUCGGGCUACAGUACUUCUGGUUCCUCGUCGUCUUCCUCAUUAAUGCGCUCUGUGAAGCGGUACUCCCACCGUACUCUGGCCGCACCAAAAUCGGCUUCUUCCGCAGCUUUUUCCACUGGAUUAUGUGUGUUCCGACAAUCGUCAUGUAUUGUCUUGUGGAAUUGGACGCUUUCUUAGAGGUGUCAAUCCGUGGAAAAGCCGUCUGCUCUCACAGCGCCUCGAAAAAAGACAACCUCGUCGUCCCCCCUCCGACCGCACCGCAGCCGCUACACGUCGAAACGCUCCACGAAAUC